AUGAAUUUCAUGGCAACCCUCACAGCUGUGAUUGCCAGUGGGCUGCUGGUGGCUCUGGGUCUUGCGGGGAAUCUCUUCAUCAUUAUUUGCAAUCUGUUUUUCAGAAGCAGCGGUCAGGGGCUGCACCUGGGUGACAUGCUGGUGACCUGCAUCGCAGUGUCCACUGUGAUUCUCGACCUCUCUGCCUACCUGUCCAUGGCGCUUUUUCUUCUUGGUGGAAUGUGCCCAAACUCAAACAUAACAAUGCAAAUAAAUAUGUUCUUGACCAUUGCGGGGAUUAGUUUGAACUACUGGUUCAUCGCCUGGCUCUGUGUCUAUUACUGUGUGAAGAUUGUCAACAUGAGCAGCAGGGUUUUCAUCAGACUCAAGCAGAACAUCUCCACUGUGAUCUGCUGCUGUCUCGCCGGGAGUGUGCCCAUAAUCAUUCCAAUAAGCUCUGCUGCUUUCUAUAUUGGUAUGAAUGACAGCAACAACUCAACCACGCAAAACAACUCAUGCCCACCGAUAGAAUUAAUGUCCAGUGCCCUGGGACAGGUAGCCAUGCCUCUUUUUGUGGUGCAGAGUAUUGUCGCUCUGGUUUUGAUGAUGUGCUCUUGCAGCGCCAUCAUUGUCUUUUUGUGUGGGCACAUCAGACAGAUGCAGUUGAGCUCCCCUGAGAUCGCCGACUCCAGCCAGAACCUCAUCCGAGUAGCUAAGAUGAUCACGGUGCUGGCUCUGCUCUACCUGUUCUGCACCAUUGCUGGGGCCCUUCCUGUUUUUAUAGGACAAGCAGCAUUCAGCAAAGAAUAUUUCCUUGUUGUCGAUUGUAUGUUUUCUGCAGCCUGUUUGGGUAUCACUGUGACUCUAAUAGCUGGGAACUCUAGCCUCAGGCAGAAAGCUCAAUGUUCUCAACAAACCUGGAACUUCAAGGAACGAGGAAGGUGUCUGAUUUUUGAAAAGAGUUGUUCAGAUGAAGUGAUCUUUGUUUGA